CUUUUGCCUUAGCCUCCCAACGGGAUUCAGCACAAUCUUUCGAAAUGGGCGGAGCAAUUUUGUUUUUUGCUUUUUUCUUUUCCUAAAAACCUCUGGCGGUCUUUUCACAGAUAUAAGAUUUCCUCAAACACAGUUCGUUUCAUAGAUAUAUCUUCGGGUAGUUUUUUUUUUUUUUUAUUUUGAUAUUUUGUCUUCUAUCAGCUACAUCCGAUCUCUAUUAGCUCAAAAUCUCUAUUGGGGGCUUCGAAUCUCUGUAGUUUGAUUCCCCAUAUUUUAAGAUGCCGGCCACAGCAGGAAGGGUUCGCAUGCCUGCAAAUAAUAGGGUACAUAGCAGUGCUGCUCUCCAGACUCAUGGUAUAUGGCAGAGUGCAAUUGGGUAUGACCCAUAUGCACCCAACAAGGAUGAUACUAAAAAUUCUUCCCAGCAAAAGCCUUCAAAUGCGGAACCUGAGUCAGAGAAUUCAUACGCCAGCUUCCAGGGCCUCUUAGCUCUUGCCCGAAUCACGGGUUCCAGUGCUGAUGAAGCUCGUGGUGCUUGCAAGAGGUGUGGUCGUGUUGGUCAUCUGGCUUAUCAAUGUAGAAACUUUUUUAGUGUUAAGGAUGACAAGGAGAAAGACCCAGAAGCAGUCCAAGUAGCAGCUUUGUCUGGAUUGGAAAAUAUGAUGGGUAAUGGAAAAUUUGCAGCUGUGAGCAAGGAGAGUGAGGAAGAGGACAGUGACACUUCAGAUUCUGAGGCAGAUUCAGAGAUCGAGAGGAUUAUUGCUGAAAGGUAUGGUAAGAGGAGCAGUAGUAAGAAGAGGUCAUCUAAGAAAGAGAAUUCUGAUGAAGGGUCAGAUUCCGAUUCUGGGGAGAGGAAGAAAAGGGGAAGGUCAAGGAAAAGGAGUAGUAAGAAGAGGGGCACUAACGAUUCAGAGAAUGAGGAUGAAGGUAAAAUGAAAAAGAGGAGGAGAAGGAAGAGGGAUGAGUCCUCUGAGGACGAGGAAGAGAGGCAGCAUUAUAAGAGAAAGAAUAGGAAGGAGAAGAGGAGGAGGAGGAGGAGGAGGAGGAUAAGUCACAGCUAUACUGACGAUUCUCAAUCAGAUGCAUCUGAUGACUCUGCCAGAAGGCAAAGGCGAAAGAGCAGGAAGUCAGCAUCAGCAUCUGAUUCUGAUGUGAGUGGCUCUGAUGACUCACGAGUUGGAAGGGUUACAAAGCGACAUGAUAAGAGAGUGAAAAGCGCCACCAUGAGGAGGAUGGGCCACCCCCUGCUAGUGAAGGGAUCGAUGGGUUAAUAUGUAGACUGAGUUACAA